UACAAUUGCGAUAAAAAUUGACAAAAUAACUAUAGAACCAUGAAUCACACCCUUGCCCAUCAGCUUGACGUAAUACAACUAUAAAUCUCGUCCAUUGGCGGUUGCCCUUGUCCUCGACUUGACGUCAUACAACUAUAUAUUUGCUAAAUCAUAAUAUAAUAAAUACGGAUAGUGCAAUUGCGAUAAAAAUGACGAAAUAACUAUAGAACUAAAAACUCGCCCUUGCCCAUCAGCUUGAUGUAAUACAAAAAUAAAUCUCGCCCAUUGGAGGAUUCCCUUGCCCUCGACUUUGCGUCAUACAACUACAUAUUUGCUAAAUCAUAAUCUAUAAAUAUGGGUAGUGCAAAUGCGAUAGAGUAUCAAAGGAAGUUAGUUGUAAGACAGAAAGAGCAGGAGUUAGAGUUUUUGAUGGAGAAGAAAAGAUUAUCAGAUGAAGUGGAAUCAUUUAAACAGCAAUUAAAUGAGGAUAUGAUAAGGAAAAAAACAGAAAUGAGACAAAGUCAUGACAUGAUAGAGGAGAUAGAAAGGAAAGAUAUGGAAAUGAGAAUUAGAAAAGAAAUGGAGGAAAGUAUCAGAAAAGAAUUGGAAGUAAAAAUGCUAAGUGGUGCAAAGGAGGAGCAACGAAAACGGGAGGAAUCGGAAAGAAGGAAGCUGUUAGAUAUUGAAAGAGAAAUGGAAGCAAGAAACCGAAAGGAAAUAGAAGAAAGAAGAAGAAAAGGGGAAGAAAGAGAGAAAUCAUUGAAAUUAAGGAGAGAGAAGCAAAUGAAGGAGGAAGAUGAGCUGAUGAAAAGCAUAUAUAGACUUAAAGUUAGAGAAGAAGAAGUAAAUGCUGAACAAGAGACGGAAAGUGCUGAUGAUGAAGAAGGAAAAGAAAUAGAGGAGAGGAUACGAAGAUUAAGAGAAGAAAAAGAAAGCUUGGAAAAGAGACAUAAGGAGAGAAGUGGGAAAGCAAAAGAGGAUAUGAAGGAGCAGAAAGAUGAAGAAGAUACGCGAAGAUUACUCAGCAAGCCUAAAAUACCUCAGUUUGAUGGAAACCAGUUUGAAGAAUUGGAAAUAACAAGACUAAUUGAAACAAAGCUUUACAAGGAAUACAUACUGGCCCAAGAUGUAAGAAAUUCGAUAACUGAAAAAGCAAGAAACGUUCUACUUACUCUUAAACCAUCAGCUUCCACUAAGGAGAUACUGAAGAAAAUGGAGGAUAUCUAUGGAAAUAUUAGAAGUGGAGACUCCAUCAUACAUGAUUUUUACUCGGCAAAACAGACCACAGGAGAGCCGUGUUCAGAAUGGGGUGUUAGAAGAGAGACACUAUUCUAUCAAGCACUAGAAAAAGGAGAAAUAGAAGAAUCAAAGAAGGAUUUAAAGUUAAAAGAGAGAUUUUGGAGAGGUCUGUUGUCGGAGAAAAUCAAGAUAGCUAUAUAGCACGACCAUAUGGAAGGCCUUAUAGAUGGAGACGGUAUGGUGAUAAUAGAAGUGGUGAUGAUAAUCCAAAGAAGUCGGAAGAAAAGAAAAAGGAAACCCCAUCAAAAGACCAUUCAUCAGAGAAGUCAAAGGACAACUUAAACUAGAUGCAGUCUCUGUUAAAAGGCAAACAAGAGACAAUCAUCAAAGCCCUGACAUGAAAAGAAAUAUGUUUCACAGAAAAGUUGGAGAUAGCAACGAAAGUACGUACAAUUAUAGUUGAAGAUAUAACAACAAAAAGCCUCAUUGAUACUGGAUCCAUGGUAACCACAAUUUCUGCUAAGUUUUAUGAAUCAUUAGAUCCUGUUCCACCAUUAUAUUCAUUAGAUGAGUUUGAAUUGGACAUCAAAUGCGCCAGCGGACAAAGUUUACCAUAUUGUGGCUGUACUGAAAUAGACAGAAAAAUUCCAUCAUUAUCGGACACUGUCUUCAGUAUUCCUACAUUCAUCGUUGAGACCACCGAUUACCACCAAUCUGUUUCAGUUAUCAUUGGCACGAAUUUAAUUAGAGAAGUGAAGGCAAAUUCGGAAAACAGAUCAGAGAGUGAAGCUUCAGCUUGGAAUAUGGCAUUUGAAGCAAUUUCCAAUUUUUCAGUCGGAACUGUAAAAGCAACAAAACCUACUACCCUGCAUCCCAUGGAAACAAAAACAAUUACAGGAUUUGUCAGGAAACAAAAGAAUAUCAAGGCAGCCGUAACAGAACCAUUAGAGGAUACUUUUGAAAGUCAAGCAGCUAUAUGUCGAAGAGUUGUCAGUCUAAACAAUCCAGGAAAGAACGCAAGGGUCCCAGUUAGAAGCCAAUCUAUGUCAACUCCAUGAAGUGAAUGUCAUACGGGAAGCACCUAUCUUCGACAGGAAGGCAACAUCUGGAAAAAAAAGUGACAAAGGUUAUAAUCUUGAUCCAUCGAAGUCUGCAAACAUCCACCAGCAGCAAACAGCACCUGAAAAUGAAAACUUACAUAUGAGUGGAGAUAAACAACUCAAGAAUAAUCCUGAAAAAGAAAAUACAUCUACAAAUACAUAUGGAGUGGAUCUGAAAGAUUCAAACUUAACAACAGAACAGAAAGAAAAAGUAUAUGCUCUUUUUGAGAAAUGGAAGUCAAUAUUUCCGAAGAGCUACGUAUAGACAAAGGUCGGCACAAGUAGCAGCAUAUCUUAGCUCUACCGAAGCAACCCGUGACAUUAUCAUUAACUCUUUUUUCAAUUCACCUCCUCAAAAAAGGUGGAGCUAGUGUUUACAGGUCGUGAAUUUUGAGAAAAUGACUUGUAAAGUAGUGUUAUAAUAAUUUAUAUUUUUGGACAAAUUGAAUUAUUUCUGUUAAAGAAUUGCUAAUCCCGCAAUUCUUCAGUUAAGAUAUACAUAUAUUGUCGAUUUUAGUACUGAAUAAUGUUCGUUGCCUAAAGUCUGUGAUUGUCGCCAAGGACCCAAAAGCUUAUGCCUUAAUUUUAGUCUGAAAAGGGAAAAUUUACAUUCUAGUCUAAAGGAGGUAAAAUCACAAGGGUGAGAACCAUCUAAGAAUUGUUGCGUAACUGGGGACCAGUUCUUUCUAGAGGAAUUCUUAAAGGUAUACGUGCGUGUUCGGUGCGAAUGUUUCUUACAAUUUGGUAGAAAUGCAUUAAACGAAUAGAUGUGCAAAAAUGAGAAAUAAAAUUACAUUGAAGUAUGAAAAGUAGUUGGUAUCAUUACAGUAAAUUUGAAUUAAGUCGAUAUAGGGUUGUCUUACCCAACUUGUCUGUGUGUGUUAAGACACUUGAUGGUUUUAGUCAGAGCUGAAUUUCUACUAUAUGUAAAUGGUUACACUGUUUCAUGGAGGUGACUUGAACUGUUAAAGCAGAAUGGUUUAUUGCACAUCAAAUGCGUGUUUUAACCUUUCUGUGCUGUCAGCGCUUUGAUUUUUUAAUAACAUACGUCAGGAUAUUUCCCUGUAUCAGUUUCUUACAGAAAAUUGGCGUUAUGUUAGUACUAGUUAUUCCCAAGAACUAUGGUUUAUCUUAAUAUAACUGAAAUUAAACACACUUUAGAUAUGAGUGACAUUGAAGAAGCCGUGGUCGAUACGAUUUCAGGUCGGACCGUAUUCACGUUCUAAGCGCUUACAAGUACCUCAAGAAAAAGAAGAGUAAAGGCAAUUUUAAAAAUUAUUCCUUCUUAAUGAGCAACAAACUUGUUUGAUAGCACCACGGAGGCAAAACAUCAAAUGUCAUAAAUUAUUCGCACACUGUCAUUAUCACUUCUAUGGUUAUCUACAAUACAUUAUUUUAAUAAAACAUAUUUUCCAAGAUGCAUACCUUGUUAAUUAAAUACUUACUGCUCCUUUUGCUAAUAUCUUUGUCGGAAAGCAGUUUUAUUGAAAAUAAAUCAUUUAAAAUUUUUGAUGAUUGACAUACUCUCUCUUCCUUUAUAAAUGAUGGUAAGACUCCCAGUCCAUCUAACAAUAUCAUAAACGAGUACCUAAAAAGUACAAAGGUUAUUUUAAUGGCAAUAUAUGUUAAACUCUUCAAUUGUGGUCUACAUGCAGGAAUAUUACAGCUGGUUAGAAGGCACUAUUAUCCCUAUCUAUAAGAAAAAAGGAGAUCCAAAAGACCCGGUUAAUUACCGCCCCAUCAAUAUUUUAAGCUGCCUAGGUAAACUUUUCACCUCAGUACUGAAUACGAGACUGACAAGGUUUUUGGAAGAUAGCGGAAUACUACUCGAAAACCAAGCAGGUUUUCGAAAAGGUUAUUCGUGUAGUGAUCAUAUUUUUAUAUUACAUCUCUUAACAGACCUUUUUUUUUUAAAAAAAGAAAAAAGAAAAAGAAAGAAACAGAAGCUUUUCUGUGCCUUUGUUGAUUUUUCUCAGGCCUUCGACAAGAUAUGGAGAGUAGGUCUUUUGGCAUAAACUUUUGCAAAAUUUUAUAAAUGGGAAACUUUUUGAAGUUAUUCACAAUAUGUAUAAAAUAUUAAGUCUUGCAUUUUACACAAUGGUGAAACAUCAUCUUCAUUUGUAUCUGAACUCGGGGUUAGACAGGGUGAGAAUUUAUCGCCGGCACUUUUUACACUGUUCCUUAAUGAUCUUCAGUCGUAUAUGCAACAAAAUGGUAACGUUGGCAUAGAGCUCAAAGACUUACAUGACUCGACUCUAUGGCUUAAACUCCUUAUUUUGCUAUAUGCGGACGAUACCAUUAUACUUUCCGAUUCUCCGACGGAUUUCCAAAACUGCUUAAAUACAUUCAAGGAAUAUUGUCAAACCUGGCGACUAAAUAUUAACAUAAAUAAAACAAAAAUAAUUAUAUUUGGUGCUAGAAACAUAAAUGAUUAUAACUUCAAAUCAGGUACUCAAGAUAUUGAAAUAACAAAUAAAUACCACUAUCUGGGGGUGACCUUUACAAAUAAUGGAUCUUUCUUAAACGCAAGAAAACAUGUCGCUGAACAAGCAACAAAGGCUAUGCAUCUUCUAUUAACAAAAUCAAAUAACCCUGAUUUACCAAUAGACCUAAUGUUGAAUGUUUUGAUCAUACGGU